UCAGUCAUUAUUCACAGCUGCUGAGUGAAGUUCAGCGAAUCGAAGAUGAAGAUGCUAAAUCCAUCUCUGUUGCUAUCCGCGAUCGCAAUGCUGACCAUCGGUGGAGUCGAUGCCAACGAAUCCGAGUUUAUUGCAACGAGCAGCUGCAUUCCAUAUGCACAAUCACCGGGAAUUCAUCAAAUAACCGCUCCCGGUCUGAGCUCCUUUGAUGUUCUAUGCGAUAGCACGAUUUUCGGAUCGGGUUGGACGGUUAUUCAACAGCGAAUAGAUGGCAAGGAGGAUUUCUACAGGAAUUGGGCCAAUUAUAGUGCUGGCUUCGGUUCUUUGAAUGGCGAUUUCUUUCUGGGUCUCGAGCGAAUCCAUCGCCUAACAAGCGCCCAUCGACAUGAGCUCAACAUUUAUAUGGAAAAAUUCAACGGUGAUGUUGAAAAUGCGCACUACGAUCGCUUUCAAGUUGCCGGCGAGGAGGAGAACUACAAAUUGUCCUCUGUGGGUAAUUUCACAAAGGGCAGAGUAUUCGAUUGCCUAAAUUGGCAUUUUUCUGAAUCAUUCUCCACCUACGAUCGCGAUAACGAUAAUUUCAAGGACACCAAUUGCGCUGAGCAGCGACAAAGUGGCUGGUGGUUUGCUUAUUGCGGACUUUGUAACCUCAAUGGCAGAUACUUUGAUCACGAAGUGCAGAAUGUGACGGGCAUGUUUUGGACGCCUCGGACUUCGCUUAAAGCAGUUAAGAUGCUGAUUCGACCGGUAGUUGAAAAAAAGUAAUAAUAACAAAUGAAAAUCACUUUUAAUCAUAUAAACCU